AACGAGCACUACUAAAUUUGACAACAGGUGUUUGUUUUCAGAAUGUUUUGGCUAAUUCUCUUUUCUAGUGUGUUUGUUUUUGGCCUUGCAAUACUUGCCAAGACAUUUGCUUCGAAAACUGCAAAGCUUGACGGACGACAUGUUGUUAUAACCGGAGGUUCAAGUGGCAUUGGGAAAUCAAUGGCUAUACAGGCUGCUCAAAUGGGAGCUAGUGUAACAAUAAUGGCAAGAAAUAAGGAAAAGCUUGAUGAAGCUAGGACAGAGAUUCAGGGCCACUUGAAGGCAAACAUGAAGGUGGAGACUAUAUCAGUUGAUCUGUCCACCAGUUAUGAUGCUGUCAAGUCCGCAAUGCAGCAGGCUGAGGGAAAAUGUGGUCCAGUGUUUAUGUUGGUCAAUUCAGCUGGUUCAUCUGUCAGUGAAGCAUUUGUAGAUCUCAAACCUGCAGACUUUCCAAAAAUGAUGGAGAUGAACUACUACAGUGCAGUCUACGCCACCAAGGCAGUAGUCGAUUCAAUGGUUGGGCAGCAAGCUGGGCGUAUUGUGUUUCUAUCAAGCCAGGCAGGACAGAUUGGACUGUUUGGAUUCACAGCCUACAGCGGGGCAAAGUUUGCCCUCAGAGGCAUGGCAGAGGCUUUACAAAUGGAGUUGAGGCCCCACAACAUAUUUGUCACAGUGUCCUUCCCACCUGACACAGAUACUCCAGGAUUUCAGAAAGAACUGCAGGCAGGAAAGCCAAAAGAGACAGUUUUGAUAUCUGAAACGGCUGGGCUGUUCAAAGCUGAUGAAGUUGCUCGCACAAUAUUGACUGACUCUCUGCAUGGGAAGUUUAUGAGCUAUGUUGGUCUGGAUGGCUGGAUGUUAGCCAGUAUCACUGCUGGAAUGUCUCAAGCUUCUUCAUUGGUUGAAGUCAUUACCCAGGUGCUGUUGAUGGGGAUACUGCGCCUAGUCGGGCUGUUCUACCUUUCCAGUUUUGAUAAGAUUGUGCUGCGCUGUAAACAAGAAAAAGAUGCGGGCAAACAGAAGUCCUCAUAGCUGAGACAAAUUUUAGAAUAUUCUUAAUUUUAGUUUAUACUUAUUUAUAUUUACUUUAGUUGUGUCUUCAUAUAUGUUUGUAUCAAAAUUAGAAUUUCUUAAGAGUAUUUUCAUUAAAGAUGUAAUGUCCAGUAAAUGGUGUUACUUUAAGAUAUAUUUAUUUAUAAGUUGAAAAAAGUAUAGUUCAAGGAAUCCUAUCAACAUUGUUAAGCUAGUUAUUUUGUUGCCACAAUGGUGCACGUUAGGGGUACUUUUUUAACAUUUGGACAUAAAAGGGUGAAGGUAUUUGAGUUCAUGUUCUUUUAUGUUUGUGUGUGUUUCUUAUUAUUUAUCAUCGUUACUUUUAUUAUCCCCCGCCUAUGAAAUAGGGAGGGGGAUAUUGAAAUGGCGUUGUCCUUCCGUCCUUCCUUCCGUCCUUCCUUCCGUCUGUCCGUCCGUCCGUCCGUCACCUGCGUUUUCUCAGUAACUAGCCGGUAUAAUUUCAUGAAACUUAAAAUAAAUAUGAACCACUAUACUGGAAUGAUGCCCGUCCAAAAAAAAAUUUGAUUGGUCAAUUGUCCUUGGAGUUAUGCCAUUUCUCAGUCACUAGCUGGCAGAAUUUCAUGAAACUUAAAAUAAAUAUGAAUUACUAUACUGGGAUGAUGCCUGUUCAUUUUUUUUUUGAUUGGUCAAUUGUACUUGGAGUUAUUGCCCUUGGUUUUUUGAAAAACUUUCAUUUACAGCCAUUUCUCAGUAACUAGUUGGUAGAAAUUCUUGAAACUUGAAAUAAAUAUGAACCAACAUACUGCGAUGAUGCCUGUUUAUUUAUAUUUUGGAUUGUGUAAUUUCUAUAUGAAUUAUUUUCCCUUGAUUUAUUAAAAGAUCCAUGUUUGCAGCCUUUUCUAUGCAACUAGCUGGUAGAAUUUCAUGACACUUGGAAUAAAUAAGAACCAACAUACUGUGAUGAUGCCUGUCUAUUUUUCUUUUGGAUUGGUCAAUUUUCCUUAGAGUUAUUGCCCUUGAUUUAAUUUUAUAAAAAAUGAUUGUUUGCAGCCGUUUCUCAGUAAAACCAAUGUGCUUAUCUUAUUCUUUCUGAGAUUUUUUUUAACCUUCAAGCACAAACAAGCCAUCAAGCACAAACAAGCCAUCGUUGGCGGGGGAUAUCUUUUCACUGAAAAUGCUUGUUUAGCAUUUGGACAUUCAUUUUGUUCCCCUUAACGCCACAAAUACACUGAAGCAUACCAAUGUAAAACAAUAUUAGUUGGGCAAUAACUCCAAAGUAACAAUAAGUUGUUCAAUAAUUGAACAAAAGUUACAUAUAAAUGAUUUAGUAGCCAAUUCCUUUAAAUAUUAAUAACACUAUUUUUCCACGAAACACUGAUGCAGAUCGACUUCUGUCAAUUUUCAUCGCCAUUUUGGUUUACAGAUAGAUAGUGACAUUUUUUUUUUUGAUUAGUAGCUUGUGUGUUAUCUUUUUGCAAGAUACUUUUAGCGCUAGAAUUUUUGUUUAUAUGGACUAGUUCUCUUAUAGAUACAUUUACCUAAAAGUAAAAUGUUGAUGCCUGGUGAUUAUUUAUAAGGUACUUGCUUGCGGUUUAUGGAAAUGCCAAAUAUAUGACCCAAAGUUAAUCAUGUUAUAACAUAACAAUUUGUAUAUUUGCUUUUUAUUUCAAGGGAAAUCAGACAUAUUUUGCAAUUUUUUAAGGAUUUUUUUUUUUGAAAUAUUUAGUUUUUCUGCACAAAACUCUGCAUCAAAAAUUAACUUCGAAUACCUCAAAGUGUUUUAAACAGUUUAAAAAACAACAUGUGUCAGUAUAAAUGUUCAGUGACUGUUAAGGAUGUACGGGGAAAUGGAAACCAUAUCGUUUCCUGCGCCCCGUAUGUCCCAUUUCAGGUCACCUUCUAACCCCUUAACGUAUAUAUCAUGUUGACAACCUGUUUCCAUGUUAAAAUGUUUCAUUUAUUCAUCGGAAUCUGAAAAUAGACAUCGAUUUGGGUUAUUCAAUAUGGAAAAUCUUGCGUCACCACGAGACCAGUCCUGGACCAAUGGCGUCAUUUAUGUUGGAGGCUUGAUAUUAAACACUACGCAUAGUCUUCUUUGUUAGGAAUCAUGAUCGAUGGACCCUAAUACUGUUAAUUAUUUGUGCCUUGCAAAUUUGCAUGUUGUAUUGUUGAACACAAAAAUAAUAUUCAAAUGCAUUAAGAAGUAUGCUUAUAUAUAUCAGUGUUUAAUUUUUUGCUUCCUUAUAUAUAGUUUUAAAUAAAUGCCAAAAAUGUACAAAUAUUAAGCUUGUCUGUUUUUUAAAGAGUAAUAGUGAAGGCAUUGCCCUAGCCCUGGUGUCCAUUUCUUUGGCGGCAAAAACUUGAACCUUGGCCUUUAAUAAAAAAACAUUCAAGACAUUCAAAUGAAACUUGGUACACAUGUUGCCAAACACAAAGUGCACAUGUUCACCAAGGCCUAUUACUCUGGCUUAAGUAAAUAAUAAAGUUAUGUCUCUAAUUGACUGAAAAGCCUCAAAAACAGACGAGCAUUGAUGUUGGCUCUGCAGUGCUCUUGUUAUAGCUAUACAUGUUUGCCAUUUAAGUUCUUUUCUUUUAAAAUAGCCUCAUUAUGCCCCCCUUCAAAGAAGAGGGGUAUAUUGCUUUGCACAUGUCGGUUGGUCUGUCGUUAGACCAAAGCUUGUCCGACUGAUAACUCAACAAUUCCUGGACGUAUGGUCAUCAAACUUAACCUGAAGGUUGGGUCUGACCAGUAGAUGACCCCUAUUGUUUUGGGGGGUCAUCGGGCCAAAGGUUAAGGUCACAGUGACCUUGAAUGGUAAAAGGUUGUAAUUGUGAUAACUCGACAAUGCCUGCACCCAUGGCCCUCAAACUUGAUUUGGAGGUUGGGUCUGACCAGUAGAUGACCCCUAUUGUUUUUGGGGGUCAUAGGGCCAAAGGUCAAGGUCGCAGUGACCUUGAAUGGUAAAAGGUUGUGCGAGUGAUAACUCGACAAUGCCUGCACCCAUGGCCCUCAAACUUGACUUGGAGAUUGGGCCUGGCCAGUAGAUGGCCCCUUUUGAUUUUAAGGGUCAUUGGGCCAAAGGUCAAGGUCACAGUGAUCUUGAAAGCAAACUCGACCAUUCCUGGACCUAUGGUCAUCAAACUUGAACUGAAGGUUGGGCCUGGCCAGUAGAUGACCCCUCUUGACAUUGGGGUUAUUGGGCCAAGGUCAAACUCACAGUAACCUUUAACACAAAAAAGUUAACAAAUCUUCUCCCAGUGAUAUCUCAACAAUGACUGAACCUAUGAUCAUCAAACUUGACAUGGAAGUUGGGCCUGACCAGGAAAUGACCCUUAUUGAUUUUAGGAGUCAUUGGGUCAAAGGCCAAGUUCACAGUGACCUUGAAUGCGAAAAUGUUUCAAGUGAUAACUCGACAAUGACUGCACCCAUGGCCCUCAAACCUGACUUGGAGUUGUGUCUGACCUGUAGAUGACCCCUUAUGAUUUUAGGGGUCAAAAGUCAAGGUCACAGUGACCUUGAAUGAAAAAAGCUCGUCUGUGUGAUAACUUGUCAAUGCCUGCACCCAUGGCCCUCAAACUUGACAUUUAGAUUUUUGGUGACCAGCUGAUGACUCCUAUGGAUUUUGAGGUCAUAGAGUCAAAAGUCAUGGUCAUAACACUCUCUAUCCUCACACUUUGAAUGGUCAUAAUCUUAAAACUGCCUCAACGGCAUCCAAUGUCAGUGACAAAUCAGCUGUCAUUUCGGUCCAAGCAUAUUUCAUACCAUUGUUCAUAUUAUCCCAACAACAUGGUG